AUGGAUAAUACGCAAGAGCUGACAGAGCACCUGAAUGAGGAAACUAGAUGUCAGAAGCAGAUGCCAGAGCCUGAGGGUAUAGACCAAACCAAAAUGAGUUUGAUAAAGAGCAAACACGGAGUCAGCUGGGAGAGCAUUUACGAGAUCCUCUUUCCAGGAGCACGAAUUCCCAGUCCUUAUUGGCAACCUGAAACCGACUCAGAGCAGGCAGAAGACCCUUCGUCUCCACAGAGUCGGCAGCUCCAGGAAUUUGAAGCCUACAGCAGACGGGUACUGCCACAGCUUGUGGAGGCACAUUUAUCCGCUAGCCUUGACAACGAUUUGGCUCCUCUUGAGGAGACGUUGAAAGCACGUGUUGGAGAUUUGGUACGCUCGUGCCAGUCUAUGGUCUAUGAAAAGUUCCAGAAAUUUCAGCAGACUUCAAAAGAGACACAGGAAGCGCAAAGUCGUCCUUCUGCCUCCGAUUCCCAACCAAAUUUUAAACCUAAUGAUACGCUCACUAGAAAUAUUACACCUCCGGAGCAAUCCAACAAACUAUUCUUCGAUGAGCCAACGCACUUACAGCCUGCAAUUGAUUUCUCGGAUGUCGUCAAUAAAGAUGAUGGCAUGAAAUAUAACGCGACGCAAAGUAGGACAGCAGACUCAGGCUACGGAAGCGCCUCUCAGUCGUGUUUAUGCUCGUGCCAUAGCUCGAUUGAAAAUGCCAUGCCCGCUGAGCGAGAAGUCAUGGCAGGAGCAGAGGCAUCUGGGCAAUUGAAACCUCAAUGCACGACUUGCGCUUUUUACCACACAGAGUCAACUCUGGAUCAAAAUCUACAGAGUGGUUACGACUGGAAUGCGAUCGACUUUGAUCUCUACCAUACUGAGCAGAACGACGAGAAUAACGCAACUUUCUGGUCUUGA